UGACUGCUCUGUCAGCGUCAGCCUGCCGUGUCCUGACUUUCUAAGCAAGAUGCUGAGCUUUCCUCUUUAAAACUUAGUUUACAUUGAUGUCGCUACUGUUCUAGCUUGUCGUUUUUGUACUCAAGUGUUGUUCAACAAUGACUGAACUAACAAAAUUAGAAUUGUCUGACAAGGCUAUUAAAUACAAGGACUUGAGGCCCAUUAGUUCGUUAAGACCUGUAUUCACCCGUCCAGCUGUUCCGAACAGUUGUCCCACAGAGCUAUGUUGAGCACUUCCUGCAAAGAACAUUAUGUUUGUGAACAGUGGCCAAAAAGUGUUGAAUAUUUGCUUGAACUAUGUUCUCAAAAUCUUACUCUGCUAUACAUAAAUAAAACCAAUCAGAUCACCACACUUCUUCAAUUACAACCAAGGAGAAGAAAUGAAGAUGCUGCAAUGUUCAUGCAAGAAAAUGCUUUCUCUUGAAAUAGAAAAAGAAAACCAGAAAUAUCUUCUUGAAGAGAAAGACAAAGAAAUCCAAAACCUGAAAGAAAAGCUUAGGUCCAAAACCAAGAAUAGUGAUGUCUUCUUAUUACAUAGUCAGCUUUUGGAAAAAACAAAGGAAGCAGAAAGGAAAGAAAGGUUACUUCGUUGUCUAUAUGAAGAAAUGAACCAGUUAAAACGUCAUUUAUCCACUGUUACUGCAAAAUGUUCUGAGCUUGAAAACAGAGUUGGUACUUCUCAGGCAUCCCAGGAAGCUGUAAAGAACAGCAGUGGAUCACCAACUAAUCUUUAUGAAGUUGAAAAACAACUGAAAGAUGCUCUUGAGAAAAACCAACAGUGGCUACUGUAUGACCAGCAACGUGAAGUGUAUGUCAGGGGACUGCUUGGAAGAAUCUUUGAACUUGAACAGAAGUCAGAAAUAGUUAGCGAACAAGAAUCUAAAGAAUUCAGUUCAGAAGGUCAUCUACAAGAGGAAAAGCAAAAAUAUUAUGACCAGUUGUUACUAACUGCUAAGAGUGAUCUUGAGACUGAAAGACGCACUGUAACCCAGCUGAGAUCUGAACUUAACCAACUCAAAAUGAAGUAUGAAGAAACACAACAAGAAAUAAGUUUAAAUGCCACUUUGCAGUCGCAACAGGUUGCUGAAAUGAAGACUCUAGAAAAUGAAAAUAAAAUGAAAGGUGAGAAAGUGCAGAAACUAAAACAAGAAAAUGAAGCUAUUAAAGAACAGCUCAGAGAAGAAAAGAGAAAGUCUGAAGACUUUUUGUGUCAGGUGCAACUCCUUCGCAAAUCAUUGCUCAAGCAGCAAGAGGAACACACUCGAAUAGCUUUGUUGGAGCAACAGAUCCAGAUAUGCACCACAGACUUUGAAAAUGAAAAGCUUGAUCGCCAGAACUUGCAGCAUCAGUUAAACAAAGUCCUUAAAGAACUGCGCAAGGCCAGGGAGCAAAUAACUCGUCUGGAACCUCUGAAACUCCAGGAAUCUGGACAUGUGGAACCACAAGAUUUGCAAGCUGCAUUUGAAGAGCAGCUGAUCAUGUAUGACAGAAGUCCUUCCCAGAAACAUUCAAGCCUCCUUGAUGAAAGUUUUCUUGAGUGUCCCAGAUGCGGAGUCCAGUACCCAACAAGCCAGCACAGAGAGUUACUAGUACAUCUUGACUUUUGCACAGCUUGAGCUCCAAAUGGACUUAAUAUCUGCUUUAUACUUGCUGCCAAUAUGCUUUUCUACAAAGGCAAAAGAUGUGAAAAAAACCCAAACCUUUUUACUUAAGGUUGUAUAAAGGACUACUAGUUUUAGAAUUCAGUUCCACAAAGACAUAGUAAUUUAUUUGGCAUCAGCUAUUUUAGCUGACAUUUUUGCAAAAAACAGUUAUUGCAUUUUUGGUUGCAAAUGGAAGUAUUUUUAGAAUUGGGAAUAUCUUCAAAUAGUAAACUACUGACUUUUUUUGCACUAUUAAAAAUGAGAACAGUAAAAGUACACCCAUUGUGUCAUGGUUUAUUUUAAUGUUUGGCAUAUGCAGUUCUUGGUUGGUGAAUCCUGAUGACUGUGCUUGUACCUUAACUGACAGCAAUAGCAGCAAAAGGUUUUUGGCCCUCAUACGUGCACUACAUAUUUAUAUAUACAUGGGAUAUAUAUGUGUAGCGUGUAUACACAUAUGUAUCAUAUACACGUGUAAUGUAUCAAGCUAGUGAUACAUUAAGACUCAGAAGGGUUAUGUUAGAUCUUUGCUGCUUAAGAUUCAUGUUGAAAAUAUCCAUCUUAAGUAGCUUAUUUUCCUGAACAGUAGUCAGGGGUGACUUGGGGUUCAUAAAAAAUGCUUGACCAAGGUUUAAGCUCUUCUCAAAAAAAAAAAAAUAAAAAUUGGGAAAAUAAACUUUCUAGCAAAUACAAACUUCCUUGGCACUGAAAAAAGUUUUUAUAUUUCAGACUGUCAGAGACCAUUUUUGAAGUUUGCAUAUAGAAUUAUGCUGAAGUAAACUUGUUCGCACUUCUGUAUUUUAGGAGUUAGUUUGGAAAUGUCAGUUAUUCAAUCUGUUACAUUUGGCAAAUGUCCCAGUUUAAAAGUACAGUUUCUAAUUAAUUGCUUUAGUGGAUUUGAAGUAUCACUAUUUUGGUAUUAAUACAGAAAACAAGCUACCAAUAAACUCUUGCAACAAAUCAGAAACUGGCCAAAAAAUUCCCUUAUGGAUUUGCAAUCACAUGGUGUUUUCCUCUAGCAUCUACUGUAAACCUGGAUCUGUUGCUGGCAUCUUGCUCCUUGCAUCUGUAGUUAAGUCCAAGAAGUUCCUUCCACAAAAGUUAAAGUAAGCAAACUUUUAUGAAGAUAUACUAGUUAAGAUAAAUUUCCUGCUUUUCCAUGUUUAUGGUUUGCUGGGGACAGUGCAAUCCCCAAGGGCUGUCUUUCUCUGUUAUACUGAUUCUGACUGCUAGGUAAUAGCAGCUUUUUCCAUCAUGCUUUGCUGCAAAACUGCAUGCACUUAUAGCCUGUAAUGUUCACCCUAAUCUCUGAUUGUUAAAUCUUAUAUAUGAAGAUGUUUUCAAUAACUAUUAUAAUACCAAGUGAUAUUAUCAAUUAAAUCCAGCUUUUGAGAGACAUAAAAUGCUAAAAGUUAUUAUCUUUAUAUCUGAAAUAUCUUUGCCAAAUCUAUUGUAUUAGCUACUACCUAUUUGCUUUUCAUUGACCAUGUCUCAGGCUAAUCUUUGUGUUUGACUGUUUGCUCGAUUGUAACAACAGGUUUUCUGACCAAAGAUUAAAUGAACUAAUGAGUAAAACUGAAAUUAUGCUUCAGAAACUUAAGGUUUUGCCAUAAAAGAAAUUGUCUUAAUUUCAUGUCUGUCUUUCUAAAUAUCUUUUAAAUUCA